AUGCCUACAACGCAAGCAGAGGUGCGGCGCUAUUUAGGGUUAACGGGAUAUUUCCUGCGUACGCCACGAGCCAAUGGCCAAGUCGAACGAUUUAAUCGCACCGUUUCAUCCAUGCUGCAACCAUCAACACAAGAUGACCGAACCUGGGACGAGCAACUACGAAGCAUUCAAUGUACAUUGAACUCACUGAUUAGCCAAACGACGGGAAAAUCUCCAAACGAAUUGCUUUUUGGAUUCAAGCCACGCGACAUAUUAGGUAACAAGCUGAUCCAAAUUCUCCAAGAUGAAGACGAUACUAUUCCCAUCACCCAAGAAGAACUCCACCGCCGACGAUUACUUGUUGCUAAUAACACCGAUAGUAAACGGGUAAACGCGAAAAAGCGUUUUGACGAUAAACACAGGAAACCAACGAAAUAUGAGCAAGGUGAUUUAGUUCUAGCAGAACGAGAGUAA